AUGUCCAUGUUUCGUUCAGCCGCAGAGAUGUCGCCCUCCGACCCAGACUCGAGUUCUGACGAAGGGGCCCCCGUCGACAAUGACAACUAUAUGGCCACUGACGACGCCGGUCCCUCUAGUUCUCAUCGGCAACAGGUCAAUGAGCCCGAUAUAGACCUUGAAAAUCUACUACUCGAAGAAGAAGAACAAGCCUCUCUGGGCAAUAGUGGUACCCUUGGCGGUGCUUUGGAUACUGAUGCUGAUGGGCAUGCAGCAGUGAUGACGGCUGCUUUGCUUGAGUUCUUCUGUCACACUCGUGCUAUGGAUUUCUUGAAUUCGAAACCCAAAUCAUUGGGUCGAUACACGCGCGAGUCACCCGAAGUUCAGAAACUCGCUAAACGAAUGUAUCAGUACAAGUCUCAAUUUCUGUCCAAGCAUGGCAUCAUAGCUGGAGGCAUUGAUACCGACGACUGGGAGUGGGUUCGUAAGCAAUACCGUGACAAUCUUGAUGUAAUUGGGAAAGCAUCCGUCGACGGAAUGAGUAGAAUCGGCACGCCUACCAUCCCUGAGAGUCGACCACCAUCUCGUGGACCCUUCGGCAGUCCCCAGCGCAUGUCCGCAAGUGUCACGUCACUUGUGCAAACUUCCAAAAAUGUACCUCCGUCAUUGGUGCGCACACCUUCGCACGACAACGCCUGGGACUUGCAAAAACUCAACCAGCAUCCCCAUUCUCAAGGCUUUGUUCAUUUUAACAACUUACUACGCUCCCCGCAGCAAAGUGAGCCCACGGCGGUGAAGAAUUCUCGGGCUAGCUCGGUUUCAGAUCGUGUGUCAAGGUACGCUUUCGAGUUCGUGGAGGUGAAACUACUGGGUCGAGGGUCUUUUGGUCAGGUUUUUGAGGCCAAGCAUCAUGUCGACGGUCAAAAUUACGCAGUGAAAAAAAUCCCCCUGAGUAAGAAGCGUCUAGAGAUGCUACAGCAAGAAGGCGUGCAUCACUUGGAGCAUAUUUUGAAAGAGAUUCGGACUUUAGCUCGUUUGGACCACAAAAAUGUUGUCCGUUACUUUGGCGCAUGGGUCGAAGAAAAUCAAGUACUCAUAGACACCGAAUCGGAGACGGAGAUCAGAAUUGAAUCUAUACAGGAGGACCCCGCCGAGGAGGACCAAAGUUUUGGUAUUGUCUUUGGCCUCUCCAGCAACGGAGGGGAGGACGAUUCAAAGUCAGGCUCGACACCAAAACACACGGCAUCAGAGUCAGGUUCCCACAACCACCUUACGAAUGACUCGUCUCAAAAUAUUGCUGUCAGCAAUGGAGAGGAGGACGAUGAUGUUGAGUCUGUUCAGCGCAAUUUCAGUCUCCCCGAACAUGGAGGCUUCUCUCACGACCAUAAUUCGACAUGGGACGGGACAGAUACAAACAUCUUCACAAGGGACGACAGUGAGGACGUAUCUAACAUGAAACUCUCACUCCGAGACGACCCACAGGACCAGACAGUCAUCCUCCAUAUUCAAAUGUCCUUGCACCCUCUUACUCUAAGCAAAUAUCUAAGUCCACAAAAUGGCAUUCGAAAUCAAAAUCCAAGCCUUUCCUCGCCGCGCCAUUGCUUCCACAUUCUACCUUCUUUACGAUUUUUUCUUGGUAUACUCUCUGGUGUUGAAUACCUCCAUUCAAAAGGCAUUGUACACCGUGAUCUAAAACCGGCCAACAUAUUUCUAUCGUCGCGCGAAAAUGAAAAGGGUGCCUGCCAUUCAUGCCGGCAAAACAAUGGGCACAUUGUAAAUAUGUAUCGGCCGCGCAUUGGAGACUUUGGCUUGGUCGCAGAUAUUUCACAUUGCACCGAGCCACAGUUUUCGCAUGCCACAACUGUUCAGGACAAUUCUAGACGUUUUCGUCAUGUUGGCACUGAAUUCUACUGCCCACGCAAAUCGCAACUUAACUCGACUUCCACACAACAACAUGCAAGAGACGAGGAUACCAUCAAUGAAAAGUUGGACGUUUUUGCACUUGGCGUUAUCUUGUUUGAGCUUACAUAUCGUCUCGACACUAGGAUGGAGCGGCAAUUGGUCCUUUCUGGACUCACCCGCGGUGGUUUGCAGGACGGUGUGAAGAUCCCUCGUGACUUUGAGAACAAGGUUGAUUGUGGGAAUACCACACUUUCCAACGGCAUGUCUGUUGGCCAAUCGCUAUCGCAAUGCAUAGAGAGCAUGCUUCACCCGGAUUCACGGGCUAGAUUUGGUUGCAAGGACGUUCGUAAGUAUUUGCAGCAGCUGAUUUUGAUGGUUGAGGAAUCGUCUCGGUGGUAG